AUGUCUGAAGAAGUUACUUAUGCGGAUUUGAAAUUCCAGGACUCCAAUAAGCGAGACAAUACGGUAGCAUUUGAGAAACUUGAGAUAAAAGUUUAUGUAACAUUCAAGCAACAUGUGGAAGAAGUAAAUAAACUGCAAAAAGUCAAAGAUGAACUUCAAAGAAACGUUUCCCUACAAAUGAUGAAUAACAUGAGUAAUACUAUGGUGAUCAGGAAACUCUCCAGAGAUCUGCAGGAAAUGGCCAGAAAAUUAUGCCGUGAACUAUAUAAAAAAGAUCAAGAGCACAAAUGUCAACCUUGCCCAAAAAGAUGGAGUUGGAUUGAUGACAAGUGUUACCUUUUCAAUGUGGACACUUCUGAAACAUGGCAAGAUAGUAAAAAGAAAUGCUGGAAUCAGAAUGCGACCCUGUUGACUAUUAGCAGCAAACGUGUAUUGGAAUUUCUAAAAUCACAGAAAAAAAUAAAUGAAGUUUGGCUGAAUUUAUUACUCCCAGAACAUAGAGCUUCCAGCUACCCCAAACGUUUAGAUUCAAUUACUUCCUCUGACUGGUUUAUCAACAAUGCUGAUACCUUAAAUGAAAAAAUAUAUUGUGGGUCUUCAGAUGGCAAUUACCUUUAUUUUGGGGGCUGCAGAUAUAAACACCAUUUUAUAUGUGAGAAGAUGGCUAGCCCAGUUAAGAUUGAAAAAGUACUAAUGAAUAAAGUACCAGACAGAUGA